GUGUUUCUAUCCGAAUCCUCAUUUCACUCUUCUUACUUGUGCACGUGCCUGCCUGCUUCUUGGCUCCGCCAAUGCCCGAUGUUGCUUCUUGUUCUUGAGAGCCUCAUUUCCUGCCACAAUACCUGAGAUGCGCUGUUUGCAUAAAGUGAGAACAGUUUGCGCUAGUAGGGUUUCGCCCUUCCGUUUCUAAGGGAAACAGGUUGGAGAUCAAGACGCCGGAAUGCCCAAGAUGUUCGGUUUCUCUCGUCGCCGGAUGAAGCUGGGAAGAGAAAUAUAGUAAGAGAUAAUCCACUUGAGUCGGCCUUCAAAACGUCGGUUUAAAAAAUAUUGGUCUUCAAAGUUGAGAUUACAUCAAAUAUACAAGUCCCAUGUCACUGCCAGCAUGCAACAUGACACUUGGGGGCUAAUGCAAAGUCAUUUUUGCUCACUUUAUUGAAGACCUGACUCAUCACAUUGUAAUGAACCGGCUCUUGGGGGCUACCAAUUGCUCCUGUCAACAAUUCAAGGUUGUGGCAUUUAUAUUGAAGCAAGUCUUAAGCUGUUGCUAUGCUACCUUCUUAAGUCUUGGGGGCUACAAGUGAUAAGCAUAUAAGAGGUAUAUUUUCAAGCUGGAUGUUAACUUAUGACCCGGUGCCAUCCUUAAACUGGCUGAAGAUAAACCGACAAUUUUUGGCAAUGAUAAACCGGCUUUGGCAAUGAUAAACCGGCUUUGGCGAUGAUAAACCGGCAAGCUCUACAUCUUCAAACCGGCUGAAAACCAGAUAAGUAUUUCAAAGCCAAUAUUUUUAAGCAUUGGGAGCUGAUUCAAAUAAAUUAUUCUUUGCAAUAUUUCUAUGAGAAACCAAUAUCAUCAAAUUGAUUAUGAAGUUAUCCUAUUAACCCGGACUUUCCAGAAGAAGGAAAUGAUAAGGAUCUAAGGAUGAACAGGUGCCGGUUCAGAAAAACUUUUAAUCCGGAGCACAACCUGUCAAAUUUGUUUUUGUGUUUAUUUUGCAGGAUCAGUUUAACAUGGAUAAAUCCAAAUUAAACUGGGGGCUAAUGUCGGGGAUAUACCCCGCGGUAUGACCCGGCCGGAAGUAUGACCCGGCCAGACCUCGCGAUUCACUGGUGACCCACCCUGACUUGGCGGUUCAACAGAUGACCCGCCCAGAUUUCUCACUCACUGAUGACCCGGCCGAGCUAGGUCAUUCAUUGGUAACCCGGCCGACGGGUUAGAGGAACGACAAGACCCGGAGGCCCAAAAGGCUCAAGGCCCAGAAGGCCGGUUCACGUUAUGGUGGUCCGGUUUAAGAUGAAAGGCAUAAGGAGUUUAUUUCUUACAAGAGUAGUUGGAGUCCUACUAGGACUCUACAUGUAAACCGCCCCUUCAAACAUAUAUAUAAGGAGGGGCAGGGCACCCCUAGAAGGAGAAGUUUUUACAAGUCUAGAUACACAGAGAAAUCGAUGACUCUCGAGAUGAGAGAUAGCGAAACACCGCCCUUGUAACCGAGAUCAUCAUCAUCAAUAUUAAUCAAGCAGGAUGUAGGCUUUUACCUCCACCGCGAGGGGCUGAACCUGGGUAAAAUCUCGCGUCUCUCGCUCCCGCUCAACCCCUCUCAAGCUACCACAUAGAUGCGUUGGCCUCACGACUAAGUCCUGGCAUCUAGGACAUCUGCCGUGACAAUUCCACGACACCGGCCCAGCAGCUGAUCCGGGAGGGGGGCCCAAGACCGAGGGGGCGGCCCGCAGGGGGGGAGGCCCAUGAUGCGUUCGGCCCAGGGCACCACGGUCCAGCCAGCGAGGCAGGGAGGACGGGGCGAGGGUUUCCCCUGCCGCCGCCGUCCUCGCCGCGGCCGGCGCCGGGGCCACCAGGGGAGCGGGCCAUGAUCUUCGGGGAACGCGGAUGGGAGACAGGCGCAGCGCGGAAGACCCGAAUGUCGCGAUGAAGGGUCUGAAGGGCGAGACGCGACGGAUGGGCGGAGAACCCGCCGCAUGGCGUGGGGGCGCUCGAGGCACGACGGCCGGGGAGGCAACCGUUGCAAGGUGCCAGGACGUGCACGCCAGCCCCUGGUCGGACUGCCCCGGGACACCCCACGCCGGAGCGCGGAGGCGGCGGCGAGCGGUCCUGGGUCCCAAGGCGGCGGCUUUCCUGGGCGUCAAUAGCGAGGGCAUCGCGGUAGAACGACGAGGGCGCAAGAAAGCAUCACAACAACCGGCCCGGGGCGGGGGCGGGGGCGUGGAGACCACCCGGGGCACGACUGGCCGAGCCGGGGGGUCCCGACGCACAACCGGGUGGCCGGCCGCCACAUCGGCCAACUCCGCCAAGUCCGCCCAACGGAACGCCGGGGACGGCGAGGAGGACGGAGAGGGGGAGGGGGGCAGCGGACGGGGAGGCCAGGGGUGCGAGAGCAGCGGAGGAGGCCGCCGGCGGCGGGAAGGGCGGCCGCGGGCGCCGGGUCGCCAGGGGCGUCGCGGGAGCUCAUUUCAAACUCAGGUCCACGAAAAUCCACCCCCUCAGCACACAUCAUAAGCAGAGCAGAGUAUAAACAGAGGAUCAACUACUUAACAACAUAUUUCAGAUAAGUAGUACCACACUUCAUAACAGUUCAAGCAUAAACCAUAAACAUAAACAGAUCAAAGCAGACUCGUAGUACUUAGGAAGGAGGUGCCCCGGCCCUAGUCCCUGGCGGCGAAGGCUUCGUCGUGCUUCCCGCACUUGUUGACGACCUCAAUGCCAUCGUCGUCGAAGAUGAUGACCUUGAGGGUGUCGGGAGUGAGGAGUUUGAACGUCACCAUGUAGCCGAUCUUGAUAUGAUGAACGACUGUGUAGGUGGCCCAACCCUGAUCCAGGGUCAUCCUGCCGUUCAUCAGCUUCACCGUCACCUUCCAGGAGCAGCCGGUAUUGUUUCUAAGCUUGAACUCCGUCGGCACCGCGACGAAGUGCUUGGUGAAGUCCAGGGGCAUGGGGAUGCAUUCAAGCUUCGGUGCAAGGAUGACCUUGCAGAAGUGAGUUGGGCCAUCCUCCUGAUGGUAGUGGCCGUAGUUGUGGCGCUUGUUGCCGGGGGGCUCCUCCAUGCCCUCGUCGUCGCCAACCUCAGGCGUCUUCGUGUCUUCCUCGGUGGUGGGCGGCAGCACAACCUCGUCGGGCAUUGGAUGAAGGGGCUGCUUGCCCUUGUUGUCAACGGCCGGGAGCACCUCCGUGCCCAUCUCAUUGCUCUCCUCGAUCUGCACACAAUUCAUGGAGUCAGGCACAACACAGUGUUCAUGGCUUAUUGAAGAGCAUGUAGUUAAAACGGCAUGACUGUCACUCUUCUCCUCCUCUCCAUCGCUCCUAUAUUUACUCACCCUGCCCAGCACUACUUACCCACCCCCUCUCUUCUCUCACUGUCAACCUUCCUCUCCAUCGCCAUGAGCUCUAGCUACAACUACAACGCCAACCCCUUCCCUUGGGGUAUUGGCUGGAGGGCCUUCUUCCUCGGGUGGUCGGCUGGUGACCGCACCAAGUUCCAGAACACCAUGGAGGUGUGCUCGAACUUCGGCUCCAUGCCUGACAUGCAGAAGGAAUCUGAUGCAGUGCUCAUGAGGGCCACUGCACAAGAGCUGAAGACGCUGAUUCCUGACCCAGCGAAGGGCGCGAUGGCAGUUGACAUCAUUCGCUGGGCCAUGAAUCAGGCCGUCUCCGACGGCGCUAAACAGAGGAAGAAGUGGUGCAAGUACAAGACCUACUGGGCUCCUAAUGACCGCCGUGCCACAGUGUACUGGGAGACGGCAAUCGCGCCGCCGUCGGUCAUCGGUGGGGAGCCUAAGGAGGAGGAAGAACCGGUGCAGAUGCCAGCAAGGGCGCCGGAGCCAGGCCGUCGUACCUGGCAGAUCGACCUCGACUCCGCCGAGGACGACGACGACGACCCGCCACCCCGCACGGCGAUGAACAAGAAGAUGAAUGCCAACGGCUUGACCCGCCGCUUCGCACGCCCGUGACGGCCACCGCGGUGAGCCGGUGUCCGUUGUGUACCCCCAAUCCCCCUUCUGCAUCCGCAUCUACCUCUAUUCCGAUCUUCCAUGAACUAGUUUGAAGUACUAUAAACUCGUAUGAACUACCUCUACAUUCUUAUCUACCUCUAUUCCCCAUUCCCCUCCGCCGUGGAUCGAAUCUAUCGCCGGAUCGAACAGGAAAAAGUACCGCAUGUCGAACAGAGAGAAAUGCUUACCGCCAUUGCCGCGGGCCAAGUGAUGAUCCGCUCGCCGGUGAUGGAAUCUGGUGGUCUUCUUGCUCUGCUCCGAUCCGCCGCCGCCGGUGAGAGUUGGGAGAGUGGGGGAGAGUGGGAAAAGGGAGCGGUGAGGGGUGGUGAGGCUAAUAACUGCCGGCGCUUCGGGAAGCAAUGCGGCUUCUCGAGUGUGGCCGCGCGCGUGCAGCCGCCGCCACCCACGUGCACCACUCGGGCCUGGCCCUGGAGAAACUGCCGAUUCGAGCGUUCCCAGGCAACCAGGCCCAGGAGUGCUUUAAGUUUCGUGCCAUGCGGGCCGAACAGUAAAAGCAGGCGUUCCGCACGAGCCAGGCCGGGCCUCAUGCACGCAACCAAACACGCCCCAAGUGAUUUUAGUUUCUGUGAGCUAUAGACAUCUGGGUUCGUUCUUGUAACCUAGCCUUGCUUGACCAUCUUAGCCUUCCUCUUCAUUUAUAAGAUUCCUGUUUCUCAGGAGAGAAGGUCGAAAUGUGACGAAACAGAACCAUUUACUCCCCAGCCCCAUUUUCCUAAUUUGAUGCUUCUUUGUACUCUUAGCUCUCACAUUUUCCAUGGUCUUGUGAUUUUACAGGUUGAAGGGUCAUCUGCAUGAUCCUUUCCAUGGCCCCCGGAGUCCUGCCCAUCCCACCAAGCGGUCCAGUCACCUCACUGGAGAAGAACCAGUGGCUACGUCGGUGAGUGGCCGUCCUGACGACCUUGCUUGGCGUUGCUCCUCUGAUACUUUUGACCUCAAUGGCCGUGCAUUUGAAAACUCAGAGAACUGGGCAGUAUUGUCAACGGACGGGGAUAAACCGAGUCCUCGUUUUGAUCAUGCAGCAGCCAUGGUAGGGAGCAAAAUGAUUGUCUUCGGUGGAGAUUCCGGUAAUCAUUUGCUGGAUGAUACAAAGAUAUUAAGCUUAGACAAGCUUACAUGGGAUUCUGUGGCUUCUAAAGUUCGUGUAUCACCAGGUGGACGUUGUGCGCAGUUUCGACCAUGCAAAGGACAUUGCCUGGUUCCAUGGGACAAGACUGUCAUUCUUGUCGGAGGGAAAACCGAGCCAUCUUCUGACCGGAUAUCAGUAUGGACAUUCAAUACGGAAACCGAGAUCUGGUCGCAUAUGGAAGCGAAGGGCGACAUUCCGGUGGCUCGAAGUGGUCAUACAGUGACUAGAGCAGGCCCUGUUUUAAUUCUUUUUGGGGGCGAGGAUACCAAAGGGAAGAAACUACAUGACCUUCAUAUGUUUGAUCUGAAGUCCUUAACAUGGCUUCCUUUGAACUAUAAAGGUGCUGGACCUUCUCCAAGAUCCAAUCAUGUUGCUGCACUUUACGAUGAUAGAAUUCUUUUGAUUUUUGGAGGCCAAUCAAAAUCCAAGACCUUGAAUGAUGUCCACGCUCUAGAUUUUGAAACAAUGGUAUGGUCAAGAAUGAGAACACAUGGUCAUCAUCCAUCACCUCGGGCAGGUUGCUGUGGAGCUCUCUGUGGGACGAAAUGGUAUAUAGCAGGGGGUGGAAGCAAGAAAAGGCGUCAUCCUGAAACUUGGGUCUUUGAUGUCCUAGAAUCCAAGUGGUCUGUUUGUGUAGUACCUCCUAGUUCCUCCAUCACUACCAAGAAAGGUUUCAGCAUGGUUCCUUUGUACUACAGGGAUAAGAUUGUUCUUGUUUCAUUUGGAGGAAACAAAAAGGAGCCAUCUGAUAAGGUCGAAGUACUAGUGGUGCUGCAAAAUGAACAUUGUUUCAGUUGGCGGUCUGCCCCUGAUGCAGAACCCUUAAUGUAUGAGGACUCUUCUCCUAGCUCAAAGGAACUCGCGGAUCACCUCAACAACUGCGAUCCUUUGUACUCUAACUCUGUAGCAAGGCAUAGUCUCGCGACAACAGUGGAAAGCUCAUCUGGGAGGAAAUCACUCCCUGAUUCACUCCUACAUAACUCGAAGGUGGGCGGCUCAUCACUCCGCAGGCAGUUCCGUCAGGAGGAGGAAUGCAGCCUGGCCCAAAAACUGCAGAAGCCAAUCGACGAUGACAAGUACAAGGAUGUUGGCGAUUGUUCUGAGCUACCAUCCUUCGCAAACCAAAAGCAGCGGAGUGACACAUAUCAUUCUCCAGAUGCGGAUGCUAAAACGAAGAGGGUGGGCAGAAGUUCGUCUGACAUUAACCAUCAACAUGAUACAAAAAUCGCAAACUUGGUCAGGAGAAACAUGGCGCUGGAAGAGAAACUUUCAGCUGCAAUGGCGAGCAAAGACGAAGCAGAAAAGAACUUAUCUCUGGUCAUUGACACGAAGGAAGAGCUAGAGAAGAGGCUAGCUGAGAGAGACAGGGAGGUUGUGGCGCUGAAGGAGAAAGUGGGAGGAUUAGAACAGGCACACGAAGAUUUGAACAACGCCUCAAACACUGUCCAUGCUGAUAACGUGCGGCUCGAGCGUGAAGUGGCGUUCUUGAAGGCAGUCAUGGAUGAAACUCAGAAGGAGUUUUACUCGACCCGCGGAGUUCUAGCAGGAGAGCGCGCGAGGGCAUUCCAGCUCCAGGUUGAAGUGUUUCAUCUGAAGCAAAGGCUGCAAUCAAUGGAUGGACGGUCACCUACACAAAGAAAACCUCAGAAUCUCUAGGUUCCACAGGUCAAAUCUCAAAUGUGGAUAAUGAUGCGAAUACCUUGCAUCCUGAUGUAAACUAAUUGUUACCAUGCCUAUUUUUGCGUCAAAACAUCAGGGGCGUGUUUGGUUGGUUACCAUGCUUCGCCACACCUGGGUUGUGUGAAUUCACAUCUUUUGUGGCGACCAAACUGGGCAAGCACGGUAAUGAACCGAACAUGCCCCAGGUAUGCAUAUGUUCUGAUCCAUCGUAGGGAGGAUUGUGUGCUAGAUACUAAGGUUGUGAGAUGUGGAUUGAUUUGCAACUGUCUGAUCUAGUAAUGUGCAUAUCCUUGUUUUUGAAA